CACGGUGUUAACUCUGUAUACUUUUCAAGCGAAAUGUUCCUCGAUGAAGAAGCUAUAACUACUUAUGAUUGCCAUCCCUUGGAUGAGAACCAUCUCCCCAAACGUUUCAUGGUCCACACCAGGACGGUAGCAAAACAAAGUACUGCUUCAUUUCCGGAAUCCAGAAUUCUUGUUUUGUAUACCGGUGGCACAAUUGGAAUGAAAUCCCACCGAGGAGUUUACUAUCCAGAAGCAAACUACUUACCACAGACAAUUCGAAAUUUGCCUCCACUAAACGAUGUAGAUUAUGUGGAAAAACACUACAGCAAUGAAGCUGUGCAACCGUACUGUUUACCUCCCUUAAGGCAGCUGAAGAAACGGGUUGUUUACUGGGUUGUUGAAUAUCAUCCGCUACUGGACUCUUCAGACAUGACAUUUGAUGACUGGAUUCGUAUUGGUAAAGACAUCUAUGAUGCCUACGAAAAGUACGAUGGUUUCGUAGUCCUUCACGGCACAGACACUCUUGCGUAUACAGCAUGCGCACUAUCCUUUAUGUUUGAAAAUUUGGGAAAACCAGUCGUCAUUACAGGAGCUCAGAUUCCAGUAAGUGAAGUACGAUCUGACGGUAGGGAGAAUAUGAUAUGUUCAUUAAUCAUUGCUGGUAACAUUGAUAUACCAGAAGUUACGGUUUAUUUCAACAACAAACUGAUGAGAGGUAAUCGGUGCAUUAAAAUUGACAAUAGUGGUCUUGACGCGUUUGAUAGUCCCAAUCUGUUACCACUUGCAAGUUUGGAGAUUAAUAUCAAAGUAAACUAUGAAUCCAUAUACCGACCAAAUUCCGGACCAUUCGCAGUCCACGAUAAUUUGUGUCGAAAUGUAUCCUUACUUCGAAUAUUUCCAUCAAUAACUAUCGAAUCAGUCAAAGCUGCUUUACAACCUCCAACUCAAGGCGUAGUUCUGCAAACUUAUGGUGCCGGCAACAUGCCAACACGACGUAAAGAUAUUAUCAAGGAAAUUAAGCAAGCGACUGAUCGGGGAUGCUUAGUAGUUAAUUGUUCUCAGUGUAUUCGGGGACAAGUCGAUGCCAAUUAUGCUACUGGGAAGCAAUUGUAUGAUGUCGGGGUUAUUCCCGGUUCUGAUAUGACAACGGAAGCCGCAGUCAUAAAAUUAUCAUACGUAUUGGGUAAAGAUGAUUGGGACUUGACUAAAAAGCGUGAAAUGAUGCAAAAAAAUUUGAGGGGUGAAAUGACCGUUAGCAGCAAAGAGACACUGCAAGAUCUGGAAAUUAUUCCUGAACUCGCUCGCUUUCUUAAAAUCAGUUCUUCAAGUGAAGUCGAAUUACUAAAAGAUGCGCUCUUUCCACCCCUUCUCUGCCACGCCGCAAAAAAUGGCGAUGUUAGUCUCCUGGAAAAACUACGUCGAAGCGGAGCAGAUUUAUCAGUACCAGACUAUAAUGGAAGAACAGCUCUGCACAUAGCAGCGAGCUUCGGUCAGUUAGAUGCCGUCACUUACCUGUUAAAGCACGGUUGCAACGUUAACGCAAAAGACCGAUUUGACGAGAACCCCUUAAUCAAUGCCGUACGCAGUAAAAGUUUAGACUGCAUUCGAACCUUGCGCGAUGCAGGAGGCCAUAUUACAGCCUUCUCUUCAGGUCUAGAACUAUGUAUGUGCGCAAGUCAUGGUGAUUUGGAUACAUUGCUUGCAUGGUUGUUAGCAGGAGCAGAUCUCAGUCAAUCUGACUACGAUGGGCGGACACCAUUACAUAUCGUAAGCCAAUCAUUCAUACAAAACCAGGGAAAAACACGUUUCAUCUCAAUAAAGACUUUAUUUUUCUGA